GUAUAUCACUGUACAUUCCAAUACAUUACUGCUCUGUAUUGCUCAGGAGCAGAUUUUUAGUUUUCACUCAUUCGGUGCUGAUGAACUCCACCUGCUUGUCAUAGCCUUUGCUUUCAGUGUCUGCAAUGACAGUAACAUGUUAACCAGGCAAGUGCCCUAUGGAUUUUUGGGAGGCUGAAAUGGACAUCUGAAAGGAUGAGGCAAGGACGGUCAACUGGGAUCAACAUGAGGAACAAAUUCCAGCUCCAGGCAAUUCCCUUCUUCCUUUUACUUCAGCACACUACAUGUUGUGAAGAUCUCCUUUGUUCUGUGGACUAUGUAAAAACUCUGACGUGUAUCCAGAAAACUGACCUCAGUGAGACUUUGUAUAAUCUGACUGCAACUUGGUUCCUUGAAGAAGAGAUGAAAAUUUCUGAGCACUUCUGCAAUCUCCUCCAGUCGUCCAGAACUGCUACUCACACUCAGUACACAUGCUCCAUGGACCUGAAGGAAUUCAAUUCUGAUGACAAGUUCAGAGUAGAUGUAACAAAGCUAGCUGAUGGGCAAUACACAACUUCCAAAGCAUGCAGUGAAUUUCUGAGCAAGAAUAUUAAACCGUAUCCUCCGUUCAAUCUGACUGCCGUGUUUUCAGAUGGAUAUAAUAUCUCCUGGAAAACCAUCUAUCAGAACUCUCUCUAUUACUAUUUGGAUGAUGAGCUGGAAUAUGAACUGCGGUAUAAGAAGAAGAGUGACACCUGGGCGAAUCAGAAGAGUAAAGUGAUCCCAGAAGACAAGCGAAGCGUGGUGCUCCUGACACUGGAAUUCCAGAGGGACACAGACUAUGAGUUCCAGGUGCGAGCCAAGCCCCGGCCUGGCUCUGACUACCUUGGGGUUUGGAGUGAAUAGUCCCCUGCUAACCUGAAAACUGAACCUGAGGAGAGCCCAGGAGUCCGAUGGCUGGUGUCGCUGCUCGCCUUUGCUCUGGUUGCUGUCUCCAUCACAGUCUUUCUGGCCAGACACCAGAGCAUAUGGAAAAAGCUGGGGGUUUUCGUCCCAGAUCCGCUCCCUUUUCAACCACUAUAUGUGGUACACAACGGAGAUUUCAAGAAAUGGGUUGGUGCAUCCUGUACCAAAGCAACACUGGAUUUCUUUGAGUGGGGAAUUGUCCUUCCAGAAGUUUUAGAAGUUUACAGCAAACACCUUUCCCACAACACUGCAGCUGAGGAGCUGAAAGAACUCAAUAAAGAUCACCCUCGCGAGACUUGCAUGUCUUGCCUGGCCAUGCACGGUCAGGACAGCCAGUCCCAUCUGUCCAGUUUGAAUAGUAGCAGUGGGACACAGGACCAGUCAUAUGGUCAUCUCUCUAUUGACACAGUAACUGUGGCUGAUGAAUUUACACCUUGUUACUCACAAUGCAACUGUAACAAUGCUCACCGGGAUCAUGAACAUCUGGAUGCUGAUGGAGAGGAUGGCUACCCCAAGGUUAAUCUUGACGGUGACAACAGUGAAAUUUCCAGCAGUUUGCCUCUGGCUGCCCUGAGUGCACAAGAUAACAUAAUUUCCUCUGGCUCUGUGUCUAUGGAACCCUCAUGGAGGAGUGCAAGUCCCUCGGUGCAUCGCCCAAUGGCUGAGGCCCUGGGAGGAGGGAUGGGGAGUAUUUUAGAGGCCCUCUGCCUGCAUCAUGAGCAGUGGGAUUUAGAAAGUCCAGCUUCUCUGCCUUCUCCAGAUGGUGAAAGUGUUUCCUAUAGCGAUGGCCCUUAUGACUUUUUCUCUCCUAAUACACGAACUGGUGAUGGUUACCCAGCAAUAUGCAUAGAUUUAGACACCAUUGACAGUGGAUUUGUGGACUCAGAUUGUGGGAGUCCAAUCGAGUGUGAAUUUGAGAAAAGCAGUCAGACCAAUUCAGGCUGUACUUCUGGAUCCAUCACACUCGAAAAUGAAGGAGAGGACUUCCCGCGGAGUUACGUCAAACAGUGGGUCUCCUGUCGCUCUGCCACGCUGCCCAGUGGGACGCAGACAAACUAAGGACUCAUGCUGCUUGCCAUUUCCAAGCCUAGGCACUAAUACAGGAGCCCAGAAAACCUAUGCAGCACAACACGAACAGAACAAAAUGCUUAGUGCUGAGUGCAAGCAGCCUGUAUUGCAUGCAACUGAAACGAGCAGCUGCACAGAAAUUUGCCUUUUCCUGCUGGUAUACACUCUAGGUUCAUGUCACAUCAAAUCUGACAUGAUCAACUUUUUGACAGCUUCGCUGGUCAGAGUGGUGCACACGGAGCCAUGGAAUUUCAUUUCUUCCAUGCAGGAAAGGCAGCCGCACCCUGGGAAUGGACCUUGAGCUUGGGGAAAUGCACAAGAUUUUGAAGCCAUGUUUAUAAACAGAGUAUGAAACUUUCAAAUGACUCGCUCUCUCUAGUGGCACUUGGCCUGAGGGUUUGGUGGCAUUUAGAGCUUUUGUAAGCAUCAUCACGCAAAUUUUAGUGUGCAAGAAACUGAACAGAACUCAAGUUUCACGGCUAAGUUCCAGUCAGGCUUGACAGUAUAUUCUGCAGACCAGAAUCUUACUCCUUCAUUCUUUGAACCUACAUCUUAAUGUAAUAGUUUCUCAGCAAAGCUACACCUUCCAACUCCAGACAAAUUCUCACCACUUUCGGGGCUGCCGCUUUAAGCAACAUCUUUAAAAAUACCUUCUAAGCACGUUAAUUAUAGCAUUGUAGUGGCUUGUAGAUUUAUGCAAGAAAUGCAGGGACUAUGUGUCUGUCUGUGUGUCUGUCUGUCUGUCUAUAAUGAAGCCCUGACCCAGGCCUUUGGGCACUACUGCAGUACAACUCUUCAACAGUACUAAACCUGGACUGUUCCUGCUUGUAAUAGAGCCACUCGUGACACAUGCACUGGGAUCAGGAAAACAUUUGCCUCUGGCUGUUUUGUGACUGCAUUUUGUUAUUUAGGACAACUGCAUUGUAAAGUUAAUAUAAUAUUGUUAGUGAGUGUAAGGGCCCAAGCCUGCAGUCUGCUGCAUUUCCAGUAUAAUAAUCCUGUUCUGUCUGUGAUACAAAUAAACUCCUCCUGCCCCCGUC